ACGAGAGAGAGAGCGCGAGCGAAAGAGUAGUUGCAAGCUUGCAAGACUGUGCUUCAGUUUGUCAUCACCCGGGCGGCAGCCUAGCAGCACGCGAGUAAGCAGCGAGCAACCGAGCCGAGGCGCACCGGAACCGGACAGCAUCGGACGGCACUGCGAAUUGACACCACAGAGGAGUUUUUCUUUCUUUCGAUAAUCUUUUAUCCUCUUUCCCCCCCAUUUCCUUUUAACUUAAAUUUGUUUACAUCCCCCGCUCACUUCUUGCUCCAAAGAACCAGAACCUCCUCCACCACCGCCUCGCAGAACCUCGGACGUGAUGCGGACCUCCGCCGCGUAGACGGCUGAUCCGUAUCUCACUCGCAAAAAGUGGACUUAAUUGAGAGAGGAAUAUUCUCUUGGCUUCAUUGGAUUUCAACUGCUUUUCACUCUUCAAUCGUGUGGAUUUUUAUCCCAUUUUUCCUGCUUUUUCGCACUCCCCGAGUUCCAGAGUGGACACCGACGACAAGCGGAGCCUGGAGUGCUCCAAACUAGGCUACCGCGCAGCGCUCACCCGCUCCAGAUUAAUGGCGGCCCCAAGGCGGCACUUCCUACUCUACCUGGCGGCGGCACUACUAUCGUGGUGCAACGCCACCCCCACCGACAUCCUUUACCGGGUCCUCGAGGAGCAGCCGCCCAACACCCUGGUGGGCAGCCUGGCGUCGGACCAGGGGCUCCCUGACAGCGGGCACCUGUACAAGCUAGAGGUGGGCUCUCCCUACCUCCGUGUAGACGGGAAGACAGGCGACAUCUACACCACCGAGAUCUCCAUUGACCGCGAGACCCUCAGGGACUGCCGGAACCUCUUUGAUGAUGACAAAUGUUACCUGGAGUUCGAGGUGUCCAUCACGGACAUGGUGAAAGGCAUCGGAUCAGGGCCUCGCCUCAUCGAGGGCCGCAUCGAGGUUCUGGACUCCAACGACAACACGCCCCAGUUCUCCUCACCCAUUCUCACCCUGUCUAUCCCUGAGAACACCCACGUGGGGGCUCUGUUCUCCAUCCCCAUGGCGACCGAUCGUGAUGCCGCUAGUAACGGCGUGGCCGAAUACUACCUGAGCACGGGACCCGACGCCGAACAGCUCUUUGGACUGCAGGUGGCGGUGGACACGGACGAGAAGGUGCCCCAGCUGGUUGUUAAGGGGAACCUGGACCGUGAGAAGAAGGACUCGUACGACCUAAACAUUCGCGUGGUGGACGGUGGGCGGCCGCCCAGGGCCAGCAGCGCCCUGCUGAGGGUGGUCGUCACCGACCAGAACGACAAUGCGCCAACGUUUGAGAGGAAUCUUUACGAUGCUGAGCUGGCGGAGAACAGCCCGCUGGGACACUCGGUGCUGCAGGUCCGCGCCAACGAUGCUGACACGGGCACCAAUGGCGAGAUCGACUACAGCCUGCACCAGAUGUCCGAGGCACUCCAGAGACUUCUGCGCAUCGACCGUUCCACAGGAAUCAUCUAUGUCAAAGGCAUGGUGGACCGUGAGGAGGAGAACAUUCUCAAGUUCUUCGUUGUGGCCAAAGACCGCGGGCCGAACUCUAAGAGCUCCAAAGUCCUGGUGACCGUCAAGGUCCGGGACCAGAAUGACAAUGCUCCCACUAUCGAGAUCCGCGGCAUUGGCCUAGUAACUCACCAGGAUGGAAUCGCCAACAUCUCAGAGGACAUGCCGGUGGGCACCGCUGUGGCGUUGGUCCAAGUGUCGGACCGUGACGAGGGGGAGAAUGCGGUGGUGACAUGUGUGGUAGCCGGCGAUGUCCCAUUCCAGUUACAGCCUUUGGGUGAGUCCAGCAAUGACCGUAAAAGGAAAUACUUCCUGCAAACCACCACGCUGCUGGAUUACGAGCGAGUGAAGGAUUACAGGAUUGAGAUCGUGGCAGUGGAUUCCGGCAACCCCGCUCUGUCUAGCACCAACUCCCUAAAAGUGCAGGUCACUGACAUAAAUGACAACACACCCAUCUUCUCCCCAGCCAUUGUGGAAGUUGACUUUGCUGAAGGGAACCAGCCUGGUGACAAGGUGCUACAGGUGCUGGCCACUGAUGCAGACAGUGGCAGUAAUGCUGAGCUGGUCUACAGCAUUGUGGAGCGCUCAUCCACCACUCUCUUUGAAAUUGACGGCAGUAGCGGCCAGAUUCGAGUAAAGAACCUGUUGGAUCGUGAGGAGAUAGAGCGCUACGAGUUUCGUGUGGCGGCAGCCGACAAAGGCGUCCCGAGCAAAACUGGCACAGCAACAGUGAUAAUUAACAUCCUGGACCGGAACGACAAUGACCCUAAAUUCAUGCUGAGCGGUUAUAGCUUCUCCGUCAUCGAGAACAUGCCACCACUCAACCCCGUGGGGGUGGUCACUGUUACAGACAUUGACAAGGGCGACAAUGCCAGAGUAAAGCUGUUUGUUGAGCCCGACAAUGGCAAGUUUGUCAUCCAGAAUGGCACUGGAAACAUUUUGUCCAGCAUCUCCUUCGAUCGAGAGAAGGAAAGCACCUACACCUUCCAAUUAAAGGCGGUGGACGCCGGUGACCCACCUCGCUCCUCCUAUGUGGGCGUCACCAUCAAUGUACUGGACGACAACGACAAUGCCCCUUAUGUCACCACACCUGCCAACUCAUCCUACACAUACCUGAGCCCUGUCACCCCAUUGGAGACCCUCGUGGCGGUAGUGGAUGCUGAGGACUUUGAUUCCGGACCUAAUGCUGAGCUGGACUACACCAUCACUGGGGGUAACCCCUAUGGACUCUUCCAUAUUUCGCCCACCACGGGGGAGAUCACAUUGGCGCAGAAAUUCACCGGCAAGCACAACGGGCUGCAUCGGCUGGUGGUUCAGGUUCGGGACAAAGGCAAGCCACGCCGUCACACAACCGCGCUGGUACAUGUCUUUGUCAAUGACACCAAGGGCAAUGUGUCAUUGGUUGAGGCUCUGGUGGGGCACAGUUUGUACACCCCCCUGGACCGGGACAUCGCAGGGGACCCCAACUAUGCCCUGGCACAGCGUAGUAACAUCCUGUAUGGAAGCCUGGCCGGAAUCGCCGGUGUUAUCAUGGUCAUUGUGGCCGUGGUGGUCAUCCGGCACAGGCUCCAGCAGGACGCAAAGAGCGGCUACCAAGCCGGAAAGAAAGAGAGCAAAGACCUGUAUGCCCCCAAGCAAGGACCCAAAAACUCCAAGGGCAAAAAGAGCAAGAAAGGCAAAGCUCCCAAACCGGCCAAACCUCUGGAAGAUGAUGAGGAGGCCAGCCUCCAGAAGGGCCUCAAGUUCAACCUCAUCAACGAAGCCGUAAGCGACAGCCCCCGGAUACAUCUGCCCCUCAACUACCCGCCGGGUAGCCCCGAUCUGGGGCGCCACUAUCGCUCUAACUCGCCGCUGCCAUCUAUCCAACUUCAGCCGCAGUCGCCCUCUGCCUCCAAGAAGCACCAGGCGGUGCAGGACCUCCCUGCUACUAACACCUUCGUGGGCACGGGUGACAACAACUCCACAGGCUCCGACCAAUACUCGGAUUACAGCUACAAGGCCAACCCGCCCAAAUACAGCAGCAAACAGCUGCCACACCGUCGGGUGACUUUCUCUACGGCCAAUCAGGCGCAAGACCUGCAGGAUGCAUCGCAGCACAGCUACUACGACAGCGGGCUGGAUGAGUCGGAGACUCCCAGCUCCAAGUCGUCAUCCGGGCCUCGGAUCGGCCCACUGGCGUUGCCCGAGGACCACUACGAGCGCACCACACCUGACGGCAGCAUUGGUGAAAUGGAACACCCCGAGAAUGGUGCAGCGUCGUCCAGCAGCCAGCCGGAGAGGGCGGCCGGACUAAAAAGACUUCCUUAAGACAAAAAAGUCCCAAAGACACUUUUUUUGUCUUCUCUUUUUAUUCUUCCUGGUCCAUUUUUAACACUAUUGCGCUUUUUUUUCCCAGUCUUUGUUGCAUUUGUAUAGAUUUUUUUUUCCACGCUCCUGAAUGAGUUUUUGUGCUUUCUUGGAAUGAGGAAAACGUUUUUGGGACUCCCAUGGACUGACUGGAUUAUCAAUUUUUUCUUUUUCUUUUUAACCUCUUUUUGAUUUUUUCACAGCAUUAGAGUUACUUUUUUUUUUAAACUUAAUUUGUGUUUGUUUCGGAGGACAGGGUGAAAAUUACAAUGGCUCUCACUGGACAGAAUUCCUGCCAGAAAAGUGAGAAUUAUUUAUUUAUUUUUUGAAUUGGUCUUAAAGAAUUUCAUUGUUAAAAUACUUUUAAAAUACUUUAAAACCACUGGCCAAAAAAACCCCUAAAGCUUCUUUUCAUUGAGUAUGUUAAACAUGAUGUAACAGGAAGUACGAUCACAGUUUAAACAGGGUUUCCAUAGAUCCAUAACAAGCAUCUUGAAUCUAACCCAAAUGAACCAACCUUAAAUUUACUAACAGUAAGCUCAAUUUACCCAACUUCAAACCUCAACUUUAACCCCAGCUCCAAACCAUACCACCUACCCUAAAUUGACCAAACCACACACCCUUAACCAAUUAACAUCAACCAAACUAACCCUAAAACUACACCCAGCAAAACUAAUCAACUUAAGAUAUUACACCCCAAUCGAAAACAGUCCCCUAACUGUAACAUUUACCCCAAUCAAACCUUAUAACUAUGAAUUGACUAACUUUAACCCAACUAACCCUAACCAUCUAAAGCCAAAUCCGAAUUGAAACCUAUCCAUAAUGUACUCUAGCAAUAGCCACUAAAUUAUUGUAACUAACUCUAACUAAUCCUGAACACUGAGUCUAGGGGUCACCAACCUUUUUGAAACUGAGCUACCUGGGUUAUCAAUUAAUGCAAGUGCAAUACUGAUACAUAUAAACUUAUGAGGUGAAUAAACUUGCCAAAUUACCAGUCCACUUAAUAAAUUUUCACCCUGACUAAACUUAGCCGACUAACACAAACCUGAUCUUGAAUAAAAAAAACCUCUCCCUUCAAACCCUAGUCCUAAACCAACCCUAACUACUACACACUCAAGUUCUUCAAAUACUAACCUUCAAACGAAUACCUAAAAUCAAAUCCAAAAAAUAACGAACGAAUUCCAAUGGCACAACAAAUUUUGAUAUAUUUUCUUUGUGCUUGGUAAUAACUGAAAAUGUGUAAAAAAAAAUCUAAUGCAAAUUUUAUAUUACAGAUAGUAACUACUCCCAAUAAUCAUAUUUCACAAAUGAUAGGACUUCAUCGUGACUUCCUGAAAGCAGUUCAAAGAAUUGACAAUAAUACCACAACAUUGGCAUGUUCAAAUAAUGACAGCAACCACAUGAUUGUUUAGCUCUUUUGCAUUAUUAGCAAUUUGCUUUUGCUGAAGUAAAAAAAAAAAACCUUCUCCCUAAAAAGCAGUUUUCCUUUAUUUGCUUGUUAAAGUCUCUGAUAUUUCAACGGGUUCUGUACUAGUUGCUAGGCUAAGUGGGCAGGCUAGCUUGCUGGGCAAUGUGGCUAGGGUAGAGCGCUAGGCUAGGAUAGAUGGCUAUUGUGAAUGAUAAAGUGUCAAAUGGCAUGGAGACGAUGAGUGUUCUUUCAGAUAAGCGCAAUUUUUCUCUAUUAAAAACAACAACAAAAUUGUAGUGUUCUUUCAGAAGACUGGAAAUGGAUUAAUGGAAUUUAAAUCCAUUUCAAUAAGAAAAUAUAAUUUCAUAUACGUGUAAAUUAAGUUAUGAGUUUGGUGAAGGCACAAAUUAAAUUCGUCAGUCAAGGUUAGGGUUAAAGCGCUACCAAGUAAUUGAUUGUCUGACAAAAAAAAUCACUAAAACCAUUAACAUCAACUUCUCAAAUCUGUUAUGCCUCACACGGAGUAAUUAAAUGCACUUGUUUGCAAAGAAGUCAUGACUUGGCACGAUAACAGCUCAUACGGCUUUAACUUUUGUUAACAAACCGAAAAGUGUUACUAUGUAACCUACCCUCUUAAGUCCCGCCCUCCACGCAAGCUGUCAAUCAAGCCUUUCUUCUUAUCAAUACCUAAUAGUUGAAUGGACUAUUUAUUGCGUGUCGGUAAUAGUAGUUUGUGAGUGUGUGUGCGUGUGUGUGUGUAUUAUGGGAUGUAGUCAUUACUUGGGGGGGCUAUAGCAGGAGGUUGUGCCUGUGAAUGUAUUUAUGAUGAUGAUUUGUAUUCACACGUUUUUAUGACAAUAAAGUCGUGCUGAGCUUAUGUAGUGUGUUGGUUAAUUCACCAUAAAAUUUGGUAGGCUUAUCAAUCAUGACUAGACCCACAAAAAAAAAGAAAGAAGCAGUGCCCAAAAUGUCACUGGAAAUCUGCCUUUAUGGUUUGAAGCAGAUAUUUUAAGCUCAUUUUGACCAGUUACGCAACUUAAAAAUCUUAGACUCGGAUGCUAAAUGUCUAUUAUAAGCAGACCCACAAAAAGUCUCAACAAGCCCUCCCUGAAAAGACACAGGUUGUGUGACAUUCUUUGUUUUGACGACAAAGUCAGUUAUUUAACGAAACACCAAAACGACACUGAACAUAUACAGAUCUGUACUCUUUUGUUAGCAAUGGGGCUUUGGUGGAGAUCUACUCGACACGUUUUCAAAAUCUAAUUCCGUAUGUUUGUUGUUUGAAAAACAUUUAGAUUGGUCCCAUUUUGUAUGUAACAAAAAUGUGGAAUUUGAAUGGACUUUUGUGAUUCAUUCAUCCAUCUAUUAUCAGUAGUGCUUAUAUGAAUAUAAAUUGGCCCAAUGCAAAAUCUAUUUUACGUUUUUGUGUGUUUAUUUGUUUAGUUUAUUGAUUUAAUUCAUUAAACAGCAACAUUGUUAUAAUCCUGCUAACUGUGUCGUAUUAAGCUCGUGGCAUCCCAAGACUUUUGCCCACGGCCGUGCAUUUAUAUAUGUAGGAAGCCAUUUUGAUUUUAAUUGAGGUUUCCCUAAUAAUUAACAUUCCCCAGCUCACAUUUUAAUCUCAUUUGGUUUCAGGCCUUUUUUGGAUCAUGAACAUCGGAUCAUGCCGCUUCUUAUCGCAAUUUAUGUUGCGUUAUCUUUGGUGGCAAAUAGCCAGCUAAAAAUGUAUUUUGUGUGUGUGUGUUCAUCUUUAGUGCUGCUGUUAUAUUUUAAUUAAAGUUGAACAGCGGGCUUAAUUACUGCCAUGAUAAACAACAUCUUUCUCGUUCGCACUUGCCUGUCUUCAAAGCUCGGUCAAAUGCACGCGUGUGCGCACACACAAACACAAACACAAACACACACAGACAAGCACAUACACACACAUACACGGUGUCUGUGCGGUGAUGUAACACAUGUGAGUUUAUGGCUCUUAAUGAAAACUGAGGCCACAGUCCCAGAAUCCCAACACUAAUCACCAUCCCACUCUCUGGACACCACACACACAAACCAACACUGAUACUGUGCGUGUGUGUGCAUAUGCAGUCAUCCAUUUUGCCACACUCCACACUAGAAGACUGUGUGUGGGUGCCACAAGUCAUGCGUGCAACACAGACUGAAUUUUUCCUUUUAAGUCUCACAAAAAAAAUCUGCCCCCAUAGCCAGUUUGACUUAUCAACAUACAUAUGGUAGGAAUGUCCAUCAUGAGUUGACCCACAAAAAUAUCUCAAGAAGCUAUGCCUGAAAGGAAACAGGAAGUCGCCCAUUUUGGUUUGAAAUAGCCAUCUUUGGGUUAUCCAACUCAAGGGCUUUUUUUUUUUUUUUAAUAUAAAGCCAGCUGUCUCUGGGCGGGGUACACCCCAAGAUGGUUGCCAUUCAAUCCACGGUGCUUUUAAAAUAGUUUUUAAUCCCAUAUGCCAGUUUCACGUACCUACACGUAGCUACAUUCGUUAUACAUGUCAUAAGUUAACACAAAAUAAGUCUGAAAACCAUACCUGGAAAUACAGUCAUUUUCAAAAUCAAUUCAAAAUAUUACACAAUAUAAUAUAUAUUGUUUUAGGUUGCUUUGAGGGCAACGUUUUUUUUUUCUUAUUAGAAGGAAAUACUUAGCAGCUACUUGCUAUUUUUCUGUACUGUUAAACAUAGCGUAGCGGCUAAAGAGCGUCAGAUUCCCUUGAGAGGCCAAAAACCCUUUGAAAAGAAGAGUUGGAUUUAACCGCAGCCAAAUGAAGGCCGGCGUAAGUGCUAAUAAAGCUCCGCGGUGCAAGCGUUACGAUGGCAGAUAAAGCUAACCAAGUGUUUAGCGGCCGCGCGUCACAAAUUAACAGCGUCGGGAGUGGAGCCGUGUUUUGGCGCCGUGAAUCAGAGAAUAAUGAGAGUUUAUUAAGCGCUUGCCCCGCUCAAAGUGGCAAUGCGAAAUGGACGUUAAAAAAAGCUCAGCGCUAAUUUAAUUUUCUUUUUUUACGAGCCGCACACUGUCUGCAUCUGCAAGCGCUAAAGGGUCGUAUUCGCACAUCGGAUACCCGUACGGGAAGAAAAGGUGACAAUGAAUCAUAUUGAACCUCCCACCGAGAAUUUCAUUAGCCCUUUUCACACGUCACCAUCAAAACCCAUUUGUGUGAAAUGAGCUAACACGAGAAACUCCAGCCAAAGGAGAGCUAUUCAUUUUCUGGAUUCUGAGGUUGUAUUAAAUGUUUAAUAGGGGGAAAUGAUGGCUGUGUGAAAAGGUACAGCAGGGACCGGGCGGUUUGAGGUUUAUCCGGUAUUUGUGGCUUUAUCAGUGGGAGACUAGUUGUUUGACUAGUCUUCUGGCAAUUAGCAUAAUAUAGUAGCCGUGGUAUUCGAGGUUUGCUGGGUGGGAUGGUGGCUGUGUGAAAGCAGGGACGGGGGUGGAAAGUUGAACAGAUGACACCUCUUCUGCCCUGUUUUGUCGAAAAAAAGAAUGUUGCUCUCCAAUUAUACGUGAUCCCAACACAGACGUUGUGUUAAAAGCAAUUGUAUUUCAUAAAAGAUUUUAGUGGAUAAAUUAAAUAACGAGAUAGAUACACUUUGGUGUUGGUGGAUAAAUUAAAUAACGAGUUAGAUACAUUUUUCAUCUCACUUCAAAUUGAGACUGAAGCCAUGAUUUCAGAACUUCCCUCAAGGCACCGGAUUAGAUUUGAUAGAUGGAUGAAUAUACUUCAGGUGCCAUGUGAGAGGACGUUUCAGAGCGUCCCUGAAGGCUAAACACAAGCUUGCUCGAUGAACGGAUAGACAUCAUACAAGUACAGCAGAUAGAUAGUUGGAGGUAUUUGGAACCAUCGCUCAGUUGUCGUGCAACAGGAAAGCUGUGAUUUCAGAGUGUCCCUGAAGGCAACACCUGACAUAGAUAGAUACCGGAACAUCAAAUACACUCAAGGCCUAUGACCACGAAGACAGGCAGAAAGAAUUGUUGGUAUCACUUGAUCUCAUUAUCACCCACACCUUGUUGUUAUAUUUAAUGAAGGCGAGAUGUUAAAUUUGACCAAAGUGGCUUUAAAAAUGUCUUUUAACAUAUUUUUAAACCUGCAGCCACCCUGUGAAAAGUCUUUGUGCGUGCAUGUGUGUGUGCCUUUGUGAGUGUCCCAACUGUCCUCCUUAAUGAGGAAACACAGAGCCGACUAGUUUGUAGAAGGAACCUUCCAACCUCUAUUACUGCAAUAGUUACAGUGUGUGCUUCAAGUGUGCGUGUGUGUACGUGUGUGCGUGUCCCAGUCUGUCCCCAGUAAACAGCGACUUCUCAUUAAAGCUUUCUGCUCGGCUGCCGGCUGACUCCUGCAGACCACCGUGAUAAUCCACUUCCCAGGACACAAACUCGCACGCAGGCACACACACACGCACACUCACACAGACACACACAGACACACAUACUCGCAGUGCCUUGGCGGUCACCUGUGGCGAAGAUGAGAGAGGAGAGGGAUGAGAGUGAUGGAGGUGGAGGAAUGAGACAAGAGUAAAUAUGAUGUUUGACUUGUUUUGUGUAGAUGAGAAGGAGAAAGGAGGGGUGCUACCGAAGAGGAAAAAGGAAAGCUAUGCUCGAGGGGAGAAGAGAAGAGAACUAAAGAAGAGGUAGAGGAUUUUUGUUUUUAUAUUGGAAGAGAUCUAGAGUAGCGCUGCAGAAGAUAAAGCAGUGGACGACAGGAAUGAGUUUUUCAGUAGAUCCAGAUCUAGAAGGGAAGAAGAAAAUCUAGUGUAGAAGAACGGAGGAGCGAUGAGUUGGAGAGUCGAAGAGAGGAGUUACAGAGUAGAAGACUUGAUCAUUAAGA